AUGCAAAGUUGUUCAUACAGGCAGCGUGGUUAUAGUAGGCCAGCCAUGCAAUUCGUACUGCAUGGCGAUAUUAUUCUACCACCCUAUAAAUGGAGGUUUUUUACUUCAUUCCUUCACCCCACUCUCAUCCUUUAUCUUAUCUUACCAACCCUAGUCAUGGAUAUGAAUCCAGUGUUCAACAGGCUCUCUGCCAUUCCGGCCGAAAUUGCACAAGUGCAAUAUGAUCUCGAAAGGAGCUAUAGAGGGCUAAAUCGCCGCUAUACGAGAAGAAGAGUUGAUGAGGAUGAGGAUCGGAGACAAAGGAUCAUUUCCGCUGCCAGAGAGCGUAUCGUGAAUUUGGAGGGGAGGCAGCAAGCGCUGCGGGCGGAGCAGCAAGAACUCAUAGUGCUGGCUGUCACCCACGCCACCCUCGGUGACUAG